UUCACCCUCCCCACGGGCCGGGCCUUGCCCCCGCGCGUUUCGCAAGGCUCCUGCCUUUAUAACAGCGUGGCGGGGCACGCGGUGACUCCUGGCAGAUUGCUGGCUGCCUGCAGAGCGAGGAGGCAGCAGCUAAUCCUCCUAACCAUGAUUUUCCUCUUGCAGUAUUUCUUCCUGCUGGCCACAGACCUAGUGCUGGCCAUGACCCUCUCCUGCCUCUUUUACGCCUUCGCGUGCGUUUCCAUCGCCUUGCUGACCUGCUGCAUUAUCGUCUUCUCCUUCGGCACCGCGGAGAGGAGCGCCGACGUGAAAGGGAGAGCAAUUGUGAUUCUUGUGUCCAACAGCUCCAUUGGGAGGAUGUUUGCGAGGAACCUGGACAGAGCGGGUUUCGGGGUGUCUGCCGCACAGUGGUCUGCUCAAGAGGAGAGGACAGUGACAGAAGAGUGCUCAUCCAACAAGGAGGUAGCCCAGCUCCACCUGACUGAAGAUGAGUAUCAGAAGACAGUGAAAACCUUCAUAGAAAGCCACUUAUCCCUGAAAGGGGAAAGAGCCUGCUUUGGUGGCUGUGAAAGGCCCCAGCAGACCCCAGUCCCUGAAGGAAGGCAAGGUAGGCCAAGGAAGGAGGGGGAGAAGGUCCUGUCAAGGCACAGAGGGCUGGACUUGCUCUGAGAAGAAAACACAGAAAUGAACAGUGGGGAGCAAAGCCCAGACAGUGACCUGAGGUGAAGGAACAUGUCUGAUCUUUAACCUCUUCUGGAUUAAAAAGGAACCCAACUGAGUUCCCUGUUGACUUCUUGGCUGCUGUGGGAUUCCUAAGAGUCAGGUCAGAGCUUUGUGUGGCGGGUUGGGACAGCGUCCCUGAGCCACGCUGCCAUUGUUUCUGUGGGAAUACAGGAGCAAAGGCAGCCUGCAGAGCUCACCUGGGACAGCACAGGGCAAGUGUCCUGCUGAGGGCAUGGCUGUAAGCCCUGCUGGGGAGCCUGCCCGGCCCUUCCCAGCUGAACGUGCCAGUGGGAAGACUGGCUCAUUCCCUGCUCAGGCACCCCGGGAUCCAGGAAUCCCUGUCCCCACAGCCAUCAUUUUACACCUCUUGGGAGUGCCAGAGAACUCAGCCUCGGCCAUCAGGGCUGUACCCUCAUUGCCCCUAGGGCUACGGGGUUACAAGGGGAGAGGCCAACCCCUCUCCUCUGUGAACCUCUGGGCCCCCUGGGCUGCAAAGCUCUCUGCUUCCCCAUCCCUCUCCUCCUUGCUCUCUCUCUGUGGUCUAUCCCAGGCUCCCUUUGGGCUCUCCCCAGGGCAGCCUCUGCUCGCUCACACCGGGCUGGGAUCUCAGAGAGCACCCACAUCUCCCCAGGACAAGUAAGAGCCUUGGCACUGCUGCCCAGCACUGAAAGCUGUCUCUGUGCUCCCAGGCCCUGCAGAGGAAGGACACUGUGGAAGUCAGAGCACGCACCACGAGGCCUCCCGUACUGCAGACACCCUUCGGAGGGGCGGGAGGGACCCCUAGCCAGCACCUGGGGCUGCCUGCAGCGCCUCAGGACACAGGUCCCUCACAGUGCUCUUCUCCUCAGAAGCACCCAGCAGACCAGCAGUGCCUGUGCAACUCUGCAUGGCCCAGGAUGCAUCCCUCCCUCCAGUGCCUGCUUGCAGGCUCCAGAAAUGGCUCCCUGCGCACCAGCAGUGGGUUUCAGACCGAGCGCUCAGCUGCCUGCAUCAGCAUUUAGGCUCAUUUAUGCCAGGAAAAUUACUCUGGUAAAACCUUCUUGUGUGGACAAGGCCUAAAAGCUCCCCAAGCUGAGUAUCAGCAUAAUCCUGCCCUGGAAAUGAACAACAGAGGCUUUUUUAACCAGUAAUGAUCUGUGGGAGCUGGUGAUUUCUGCGGGCCUGUGCUGUUCUAAUUAAAUGAGGCUCCAGCACAGUGAUACCUGUCUUUUUUUGCUCUUGACUAGUUUGGUCCCCCUGCUAGUUAAAGGCUUUUGCAGGUGUUAUGUUGUUUUGACAGGGUGAUCUGUCGUAGGAUCAGUGAGGUUUUACAUUUAGGAUCUCCUGCAUAAUAUUCACAUCACAGAUGUGGAUGUUGAAAUGUAUUUCCCAAGUGCUGACCCAAUUGCAUGGCAGAUCAAAGCAGUAAGUUGGGAGGGAAAAAAAGAAAAAUAAAAAGAGAAAGAAAACCUCA